AUGAACUUAAGUCGAAAGGGUCGCACGGCUCUCCAUAUUGCUGCGGAGUUUGCAAAUACUACUGACAUUCUCGAAUAUCCCUCUGAGUGCCAAACCAAAUCUUUUGAAUAUGCUGGAGUAUCUGAAAUCAACCCUAGAGUUACUGCUAUACAUGAGCUCGGUAUGGCUGUAAGCCUUAACCGUCUGGAUGUUAUCCGAGCCUUGUUAGCCCGCGAUGAACUGAGGGGCUGGGGUGAUGAAACCUGGGCGCCUGACAUGGGCAUACAACAGCUCAAGCCGCUUGAGUGUGCUAUCGAAAAGUAUUAUUUGGAAGCCUUGGAUCUCUUGCUCGAGAAUCGCCAGUUUCCGUAUGACCAAGCUCUUGUUGACAAGUGCAAGUCACUGGCCUCUCAGUGGGGAGCUCAAAAAGGACCGCGUCUACUUCAUGCGAAGCAAAUCUUAAAGAAGUUGAAGCAAACUAUGGGUGCUCAGGAAUGUCACCUUCGUGCCUCGCCCCGAGAUGUUCCUAUUCAGACAAUCCCGAGAUAUGAAUUCUCUAUUUUCCUUUCAGUUUCUCGAUAUCUUCGACAUUCCUUUAUAAAAGCUCAAUAG